CGCUUGUUUCCAUUGCGUCCUGGUCGUCGUGGGGGGGUCAUCAGCAUGUGCCAUAGGGUUGAAUGUAUUCGACUGGAAAGUGGGAAAGAUUCCGUCGAGACGCUCCUUGUGCGAGGAUGAAGCUGUCGAUAGGAGCAGAAGCAGGAAGGGGAGGGAGAGGAGCAGGAGGAGGGGGAGGAAGAGGAGCAGGAGGAGGGGGACGGAGAGGGGCAGGAGGGCGAGUGGCUAUGGAGGAGACGUCGGGCAGAAGAGGGAGUUAUUUGCGGAGAUUCAGGUCAUCCACCCUCAUUCUGGUUCCAGUGUAUACGUUGAUGGUGGUGAUCGGCGCUAUCUCUUUGCACCUCCUGGGAGGAAGGAGAAGGCAUGCAGAGUCGUCUUGCUAUCCCCACCUACGUGUCGGGAUCUGGACCGUGAUUGGGUCGAGUGGCUUGAGAUUGUUAUGGAUGGUAGGGAUCGGCGUGUCACAGGCGCAGGCAGCGGAGACGCUGCUCAAAAAUUUGAAGGGGACUGCUGCGGUCGACCUCGGCGGCGGCGGAAGGGAGGGGGAGGGGGGGGAGGAGGGGCCAGAAAUUGCUUCUUCGGACAAGAAAGCCAACAGGACCAGGCAAGAGAGAAGGAUCAUGUACAAGCGUUGGCUUGCUUGGAGCCAAGGCAGCGUGGCCUUGAGCGCGGUCCAGGUGAUAUUUGCGGUGUUUCUCGCGUAUUGUUUGGCAGUUGUCGUAUCUCGCGGACAACUAAAAGUUGGCGGAUGCUGCCCUUCUGAGAGAGGAGAUCAGGGAUUGGUAUGGUUGAAGUUACUGCUUCCCAUCCUCGCAGUGACUUCAGGAGCAGUUUCUUUGCUGCAGUGCUGCAUUGGUGCCGACGUGUUGGCUUGGAGAUCCCUGUAUGCCAUGCACGACUUUGCGUGGAGAGCUCACUAUCAGGAGAUGUUUGACCGUACGAUUCGUGAAGUUCUCUGCUGUCUUGGGAGAUCGCGGUACUGGGAGAAUGAUGAAGAUGAUGAUGUGAAGACGGUUGCCUCGUUGCUUGGCGAGUUGGUCACGUAUCGAGCUUUCGGUGCUAGCCAUCUCGAGUUGUUAGCAGGUCUCGCUAUGCUGACAAGGCAGACAUGGCUCAACAGCCCGACUAUCGAAGAACUUGAGCGACCAGCGACAUGGAAGCUGAGGGAAGCAGCAGUGCUCCAUCCAUAUGCUAUUGCUGCGUACACUGGUCCGCUGCUUGAUAUAGGGCGCAAUCCUCUGACAUGGGCAUGUGUCUGGCUUUACCGACAAGGCGUGCUGUCUUGCUGCUGGGGACGAAAGGGGUGGCCACUUAUCGAGGGAGACAAUUAUUGGAGAGGCCACUCAGCUGCGUUUCUUCGCUUCUCUCAGUUGCCGCCGAGCUGCCUACUCAAGGGUCGUGUGAAACAACAGGCAAACAACGAGUCAGUGUACUUUGUUAUUGCACUGGCAGACGUGAGAAUGGUGGUAGUUUGCGUACGUGGAACGGAGACACCGGAAGAUCUCAUCACAGAUGGGCUGGGAAGGGAGUGCAUCUUGACAGAGACUGACCUGGGAGGGGCUCUGAGUCACCUGAGGUUGCCUGGACAAGGAGGCAGCAGUCAUCGCUUCGGACAUGAGGGAGUGGUGAAAACUGCUAGAGAACUGGCAUAUCAGUUGGAUAGUCUGUGCUCAGCUGGGAGUUCGGCUGAAACAGGUGAUGUGCAGGGGCAAGAUUCUUUCAUUGGGAUCAAUGGGGGGUUCCUCUCCACUAUCUUGGGGCCUGGAGGCAUGUGUGAAGGGUAUCAGCUACGAUUUGUGGGUCAUUCUUUGGGAGGAGCUGUCGCAACUGUCACUGCAAUGAUUCUCCAACCGCGGUUUCCUAAUGUGCAUGUAUAUGCAUAUGGUGUGCUUCCAUGCUUGGAUCUGGAGACAGCAGAGGCGUGCAGAGGCUUCGUGACAAGCAUAGUAUACAACGACGAGUUCUCUUGCCGCCUCUCUCUUGCAUCGAUAAUGCGACUGCGGACGGCUGCCCUGCGGGCGGUGGCCCCGGACCCAUCCUCGUCCUCUGCCCUUGUCUCUAUCCCUGCGUAUUUGAUGGGCGGUCCCGCCAAGGUGAGCAAAAAGAUAAAGCGCGUAGUUUACGAAGAAGGGGAAUCAGUUGAGGUCCCCACUUCAGCGGCGGCGAACGCACUGAAUCUGCAUAUGGCUGCGCAUGGGGAGAGUGAGGCGUUGCCGAUGGAGGUCAGCAGUUUCGUGGGAAGGCACCGACGUCGACGGCGCAUAUAUCAAGUGAAAGGGAACAAUAUUUGGUCGAUGGAGGACGCUCAUAACACUCAGGAAAUGGAAGGGCUCGUCAGAGAAGACGAAGACAGUGACGGAGAUGGGACUACUACCUGUACACCAUCUGUCGGCGAGCCAGCAGCAGUCGUUGGACUCUCUUUCCAAGGGACAUCAUUGUCUACAGCCUCUAGGAAAACUUCGCUGAAGGAAGCAAGCAGCCAGUUGGUAACGGUUAGCGCACUGCCACAUGCGCCUUUGCAGUUGACGGAGGAUCUGUCUGCUCCUCCCUCGGAUCGAUCAGAUUGGAACGAGUUGCGAAGUGGAUACGACGCAGCACGGGCAGCGGACAAUCCCCAUGCAGAUGCCGGGAAUGGGGUCGGCAGUUGUCAAGAGUAUUCAGAAGAAGAAGGGGAGGUUGGCGCAGAUGCGAUCAGGCCGUUUCCAGAAGGCUCAGCGUGGGGAGACAAUAACAAAGAGGUUGCUGGAACUAGCGGCCAAGAAUGCAGGGAGGACAACGACGGGAGACGGAGAGGAGGAGAAGCAUGGAGCUACUGGAAUGGGGUGGUAGUGACGGCCACGGCAAGUGCGCAAGGGUCGCAGGCCUGUGAGAACGUUGAGAGUGUGUGGCCAGUGGAGCUAUUUCUUCCAGGGCAGGUCAUCCACCUGAUCAGAAUACAUGGUGGUGGGCAAUGGCCACCGUCACGUCCAAAGCAUAGGGCAGUUGUCGUCGACAGACGGAGAUUGGCGGAAGUCCGUGUUUCGCCGUCCAUGUUUCUAGAUCAUCUUCCCUGGAGGUAUGAAUGUCCAUCGUUCCACGCUGCUUCCCUCCCCGGUCAUCUACCCGUAUCCCAUCUUUGAAAUAUGCUGUGAUUUUGAGUUGUAUGUUACGAGGAUUCUCGUAUAUUCUGUCGUCAAGGACGGACUCAUUCUUGAACCUUUUCUUACUCUCUCUUCGUAUAUUCUGUCGUCUAGGACGGACUCAUUCUUGAACCUUUUCUUAUCCUCUCCUUUGCCUUCAUUGUCAUUCCACCGUCUGUACCUUUCCCUUACUUUCCCUUUGCCGUUCUUUGUCCCUAGUGUCUCCAUCUGUCUUCCCUGUGUUUAUCCCAUGUUGCCCCGGACCGGGACAUCCAGACACCGGACACCGGGCCCGGACCCGUGUCUGGAUUAAUCCGGACGUCCGGUAAUCCGGACACUGAUCCGAACAACCGGACAUACAGACCUGAACGGUCCGGUUAUGAAUAAACAGGUCAGGAUGUC